AUGGCUGGCGCCAACACGGAGCAACCCGCUGGCACAAGGCGGAACAGGACGAGCGAGGCCGGCCCCGCAGCGAGGCGUGCCUCCAGAGCGACAGACACCAACACCGAAGGUACACGGGUCCACAGCCACCACAGGAGCGCUGCUGCAGCCCAUCUUGGCGCUGAGCGGGAGAGACCCAGCACGGGGACCAGCUCGGGGCUGUCUCCGUGUGGGGCUGGGGACUGCAACGACACUUUCCGUCUGCCACCUCCCUCCCGGCCCGAGGCAGGGGUCUGGAUUCCCACCUUCGGCUCAUUCGACACCAUCUCUAAAGACAUCAGGACUGCGGACGGGACCGUGACUCUGCGGUGGCCCGUGUUUCAGCUGGCCAGGAACCUCAGAGCCAUGCACCACCUCGGGUCCGACAAGGACUCCCUGCCAGCCCAUAGGGAGGUGGAGACCCUGAAAUACAGCGAGGUGGCUGCCGCUGCCUCUGCAUUGAGCUUUGGAAUUAAAUACUAUUACGACUUCCUUGAGAAGCUCUCCGGGAAGGAGAAAUUCAGAAAAGUUGUUUUCAAGGCCCCCUGGCUGCUGGACACGCUGGUGUCCCGGGUGGCACCGGUGGCCUCCCUGACGCACUCUGGCCGCCUCGUCGUCUUCCCCAUGUUUCAGAAGCAGGUUGCACCCAAACCACCGCCCAGGAUAUUCCGCAAGGCCUCCGGAGAUCUCCAUGGUGAGGGGAAGCAAAAGAAAGAAGGGGCUUUGCCACCUCUUGUCCAGGGCAAGAAAGUGAGGUUUGCUGAAGUGCCAACGUACAUCAGACGCUUCAGCGUUGCAAGUACUGCUGGACAAAGCUCAAGAAGCAGAAGAAGCUUACAGCAGGAGAGCUUUUCGUCCAGUCCGCUGCCAGCGAUCCUGAGAACGUCUGAAGCCCGCGAGCAGCCGGUGACCUGGCAGCCGCAGGGCCAGGCAGGAAACGAAGGCCAAGAACACCUGGGCCAAACAACGGGAAAAAAACAUGUCCGGUUCCGCGGAGAUGAACAAGGAGCGGGAGAGGACCGUGAGGCUGGAGCGGCGGCCAUGUGGAAAGCAAAGGCCUCGCACUCUCAGGUUGCCGGGAGGCAGGUGGCAUCUCGCAUCAAAGACAGGAGAUGUUCAUUAAGAGCUGAGUCCAGCCUGUCCAGGGAUACCAAAGGCCAUGCAUUCCGGCCGCCGUUACUGCAUCGUGACUCUGUGAAACUACUCAGGCAGAGGCAGAUGGCCAAGAAGGACAGGCCGGCGCAGGCAGAACCUCAGGAGAUGGCGGCAUCACCGUCUCACCGUGAGUGCAGCCUGCCUGAGGAGCCCUCCACCUGCAGAUCUGGUUUGCUGCCACCCACACGCAACAGACCAGAGUCUCCCAGGAGUCCGCCUCCAAGGACCACAGCCCCACGCCGCAGGCCGCCAACACCCUACCCGUUUCUGCCACGUGACUCUGUCAAACUACUCAGGCAGAGGCAGAUGGCCACGAAGGACAGGCCGGCACAGGCAGAACCUCAGGAGACGGCGGCAUCACCGUCUCACCGUGAGUGCAGCCUGCCUGAGGAGCCCUCCACCAGCCGAUCUGGUUUGCUGCCACCCAUACGCAACAGACCAGAGUCUCCCAAGACUCCGCCUCCAAAGUCCAAAGCCCCGCGCCGCAGGCCGCCAACACCCUACCCACGCUGAGCAGGGCAUGGGGUGCCCGGGACAGACAGAGCUGCCCCUGAGCCUGCAAAACUCCAUCUGCACCAUUCCUGGGUGCCAGCUCCCUGUAGAAAAGCAGAGGUAGAGGGACAGUGGGGACUGGGCUGGAUUCAAGAAAGAACAUUCACGCUAGAAGCUGCGGAACAAGAUAGAUAAACGGCAUGAGAAAGGAAUGCUGAGAACAAAGGACGCCUCCAGGAGACAAAAACAAGAGUCAUGCGAGAAGCACGAUCACCGCAUGAUAACGACCCCGGGUGGAGGAAGAGCACGUGGCUACGAACAACUCGUGACACCGAUGGAUAAGCUCCUGCAUGCACGCUUAAGGAGUCGACCAGGGGUGACUGUGUCAAAUGAUUUUUUGACAUGGAAAGGGGGGUGGGAAAAUGGGAAAGAGAGAACUUGGGGAUGUUUGAACCUGCAAUAAACAAUUUGGAUCAUUCA